AUGCGAGCUAACGGUUAUGUUGAAGCUGCCAAGAUAACUGCAUCAAACUGGAAUUCGAGGUGGUUAAAGAAAAUUCUAGGCCUGGCUGGAAUAAAUACUGGUACAUACUCUGGGUACAGUACUGGGCAUGCAGCUGUUUCUGCAGCCUACAGAUCAGGUACUAACAUUGAAACUAUAAGAGCCACAGUAGGCUGGUCAGAACGGUCUAACCACAAGCACUCGAGCAGCUCCCUGCUAGCAGGCAAAGCCCACUUUCACGGGGCCCAGUAUCACGUUGGCUCCAGCGGACAUCACCAGAGGUCGCAGUCGCUGCGCAGCGCGGUGGGAGGUAGCGCGGGCGGAGGCGACAUGUGGUGA